CAGCUCGUUAGUCAAAACAAUAACAAUUUACAACGUUUUACUUCAUCGAGUUAUUCGAAGUGACUCAAUUACAUUAGGGUUUACACUUUGGCAUUUCAAAAUCUCCCAUUUUUACGCUUAAGCAAUUCACCAAAUUCCUCUCACAAAACUACCAAUCUCUCUGUUGCAUUUAUCAUCACAGGCAUGGUGGCAUGGUGCUUCCUUUUCCCAAGCACAUUCUAUUCCAAAACCCCUUUCUCAGGAAGCUAUCACCUUUGCAAACCAUUCUUAAUGGGCAUAUCCAUUUCCACCAAUUCAAUCAUUUUCCGCAAAAGUUUUCAACUUCCACUUCCGACCACUGUGAGAGAUUAUCAUGGGAACGUUCCACCCAAGAAAUUCUACUGGAAAAGCUUAAAUUUUCUCUGAGGAAUCACCACUCACAAGAAGCAUUGGAAACUUUUCAUGAUUUUAGAAGACUUUAUGGUUACCCUGAGGUUCAAUUACUGAAUAAGGUUAUUGUUCAGCUGUGUUAUUCUUCAAAUCAUGUUUUGGUGAGAAAAUCAUUUGAUUUGGCUUUGAAAGUUGUUCAAGAGAAUUCAGGUUUGAUUCAUGUUGAUACAUUUACCAAACUUGCUUUGUCUUUGGCUAGAAUGCAAAUGUCAAUGCCUGCAUCGGUUAUACUUAGGUUAAUGCUUGAGAAAGGGUUUGUGCCAUCUAUGCAGUUUUUGUCUUUGAUUGUUUUUCAUAUUGUGAAGACAGAAAACGGAACACAUCUUGUAUCUAAUUAUCUGUCUCAAGUUUGUGAUUUUUAUAGUUCUUUGAAGGAUAAAAAAGCGCAGAAUGCGACCGUGUUGAAGCCAGAUACUUUGGUGUUUAACCUUGUUCUGGAUGCUUGUGUGAGGUUUAAGUUGGCUUUGAAAGGACUAUAUCUGAUUGAGUUAAUGCCCCUGAUUGGGAUAGUGGCCGAUGCACAUUCAAUUGUGAUAAUUUCGCAGAUAUUAGAGAUGAAUGGUUUGAGAGAUGAAAUGAUGGAAUUGAAAUGUUAUAUUGACGGAGUUUCGGCUGCUUAUGUUCGGCACUAUCGUCAAUUCUAUGAUAGUUUGUUGAGCUUGCACUUCAAAUUUAAUGAUAUUGAUGCUGCAGCUAAGCUUGUUUUGGAUAUGAAUAGCUCACAUAAUUGUAACAAUAAUGAAGAAUGUAGAAAUCAUGUACAAAAGCCUUGCUUUAUCGCGCUUGGAUCGCCUAACCUUAAGAAGGCCUUAAAGAUAAUUAUAGAGCAUGAGCUAUUGCAGAAAGACUCUGUGCUUAAAUUGGAAGGUAGAGAAGGUCUUGUUUUUUAUAAGGGUAGGAAACUUGUUCUUAGUAAUAGAGCUUUGGCUAAGUUUAUUAUUGGUUGCAAGAAAGAUGGUAGAGUUGGCGAACUUUCAAAACUUUUACUUGACAUUCAAGGGGAACAAUAUUCAGUGGCAGGGUCCAGUUUAUCUUCUGAUGUGAUUGCUGCUUGCAUUCAUAUGGGAUGGCUCGAGUCUGCUCAUGAUGUUUUGGACGACGUAGAGGCUGCAGGGUCUCCGAUGGGCCGCGACACAUAUAUGUUACUCUUGUCAGCUUAUCAGAAGAAGGCAAUGCAGAGAGAAGCAAAAGCACUGCUAAAACAAAUGAAAAAGAUUAAUUUGCACAAUGAAUUAUCUGAUGAUGUUAUCCUCAAACACACCCUUUGUGAAGAAACAUCAAAUUCUGUUGGUAAAUCAGAUUUGGCUGUCGCGUUGACUCAACUAUUGAAAGAUAAGAAUCAGACGGUUGUUCCUUUUGUUUAUAACUUCAACUCUUCGAUCUUCUUUUUCUGCAAAGCAAGAAUGAUAGAGGAUGCUAUGAGGGCAUAUAGAAGAAUGUGUGAAAUGAAAACUCGACCGACAAGCCAAACUUUUGCUUAUCUAGUGCGCGGAUAUUCUUCUCUCGGUAUGUAUCGUGAGAUUACGUUCUUGUGGGGGGAUAUCAAGAGAUUCAUGAAGAGCAGCUAUUUAGUUGUGGAUAGAGAUCUAUAUGAGUUACUGCUGCUAAACUUCAUUCAAGGUGGUUACUUUGAGAGAGUGAUGGAGGUCAUUGGCCACAUGAAUGGCCAUAACAUGUAUACCGACAAGUUGAUGUACAAAAGCGAGUUCCUUAGACUUCAUAGGAAUCUUUAUAGGAGUUUAAAAGCGUCCGAUUCAAUAACAGAAGCACAGAGCAAAAGGCUUGAGCAUGUUCAGGAAUUUAGGAAAUGGGCUGGUAUUGAUUAAAUGUGCUGAUGAUGUGUCUGCAUCUUUUCCAGCAUUGUGAACGUUUUUCUGCUUUGCCUUGAAAUAUAUCUAAGAAUGAAUUUCCUCAUUCUUUUGAUGUAUACUACUUUCAAAAUGAUGUUGGGGAGGAGAACUUCCCUCGUCCAAAAAUCUACACUUUGUAAACAUCUAGUCAUACAAGCAGUAAAUCUCUUAGUCAAAUUGAUUUGAAAACUUCAAGUUUCACCGAGUAAUUCCAAGAUACACCCCUGCCAGGCUUUUUAAAAAUUAAGCUGGCCAAAUCAACUUGAAUUUUAUAUCAUACUUUUAAAUCUUAUUCAAACAAACUUUAAUUGAGUUUACGUAAUCGUUCUUGAACUAAGUUUGCUUUAUUGUACGGGAAUAGAAUUUGAGUAAGAUCAUGAAAAGUUACCUUCAUCAUCAAUUUGAAAAGACUUACAUAGUUACAUGUGACACAACGCAGAAAGGUACCUUCAUCAUCAAUCUGAAAAGACUCACACACACACCUACAAAUAAAGAAUCUAGAA